AGUUCACAGAGAUGAGUUUUCUCUCCAGCUUUCUGUUAAAACAUCCAUAUGACGCUUUAUUUACUAACGUAAUUUAAUUACCUCACUGCACUUCUUUAUACUCUAAAAGUUUUGGUUUACCAAAAAAGCAGUCACGGAACGAUUUAGCACAUCGUCAAGCUGGUCAAACCUUUCCUCUGCACCACCAUGACUCAAAAGAGAAGAAAUAACGGACGCAACAAGCACGGCCGUGGACACGUCAAGUUUGUUCGCUGCGUUAAUUGCAGCCGCGCUGUCCCCAAGGACAAGGCCAUCAAGCGCUGGACGAUCCGUAACAUGGUCGAAACUGCCGCAAUUCGUGACAUGUCUGAGGCAUCCGUUUACAGCGAGUACACUAUCCCUAAAUUGUACGUCAAGUUGCAGUACUGUGUCUCUUGCGCUAUUCACUCUCGUGUGGUCCGUGUCCGCUCUCGCGACGGUCGUCGUAUCCGUACUCCCCCUCCUCGUGUGCGCUACAACCGUGACGGCAAGAAGCUGAACCCUGCUACUGUCGCUAAAAACUUGUAGAUAAAAACAAAUGCACAUUUAUUUUGAGUUUUUAAUGCGUCCACACUUUGGAUACAAUUUCCAGAAUCUGUGUAGUUAGUUUGCCUAUAUGUAAUUGUUCAUAGAAUCAAGCUGGAUGGUGGCUGCUGCAAUACACAUAAAAAAUUUGAUUUAUUCAUCUUGCGCAGUUUUCAAAUAUGUAAUAGUAUGUC